GGGCUGUGCCACAGGGGCUGCGGGCCACGCUGUUGUCAGCUCCUGGGGGCACCUGACUGGCCUUUGGGGUGCUUUGUGCUCCUGCUGGGGUCAUAGCAGAAAAUCUGGUGAUCCCUGUGGUCUGGAGGGUAUCUCAGCCUUCACUUGUGCACAUGUCAGGGCAGUGUGGGGACAACAGGCUCACCUGGUGUGGUGCACAUGCCACAGGAGAGGGCCCUUUGCCAGCACCAGGGAAGAGGUGUUUCUCCUCUCUGUGAGGCAAGUGGCAAGGAGAAGGAAGUCUCUCAGCCCUUCCCCACCACUCCUCUGUUUAUCUCAGUUUUUCAGUGGGCAUCUAGAUCUGCAGAUUCUCUGCUCAUAUUUAGUGUUUGUUGGGGAGUCCAUGGAAUUGGUGUCACCAAAGGUUUUAUUGCUUCCCAGCAGGCUUUAAAAGUCUUGGUAUAUUCUCCAACUGUAAUCUUAGCUUUUUCAUGAUGGCACUGUCAUGCCUGCAGUGUUUACUGAGCACCUGAGUUACUUAAUGUUUGUUAUAUUUUUGAGGCUGUCUCACAUCACCUGGUUCCUUGUUGACAUAGGUCCUCCUCUGAGCUCACAGUUUUGUUCUCCAUAGGAAUCUCUGUUUUCCAUUGUUUGAAUAAGUGCUCCUCCAGCUUUUCCCUCAGCUCUCAUGGUUUCUGUCUGUUUGGGCUGCACGUCAGGGAGGCUUGGCUGCUUUUGGAACACAGUACCUGUGGAAAUGAGUGCUUUGUAGCAGCCCUGCACUGCAGUGGAACAGCCAUGGGUCACUGCCCUUAGGUGUAGGCCAUAUCAAAUUAUACUGUUGUCACAAGAAAAUUGACAGAUGGAAGGAAAGCAGCUCUCCCUUGGCUCCAAGGUGGCUGCUCUGUAGCCCAAGUACAUCAGAAGUACUGCCAUGGCCCAUGCUUUGCCUACUGUGGAUGUGCUGGAGUCCUGAGAUCUCUGUGAUUGGAGAUAAAUCAGUAUUUAUCUGGAGAAGGCCCUGAACUAGUUGGAUGUUGAAGUUGGCCCUGCUUUGAAUGGGACAGGGUUGAGGCAGAGACCAGCAGAGGUUCUUGCCUAAAAUAUGUUAAGAUUCCUCAAAGACUGAGUGGGAGACAGGGUUCCACAGACAAUCCCUGGCACUGUGCCUACACUGGGCUGACCUCUUAACUCGAGGUCCAUUGCUUGUUUCUGUUCCCAGCCAGUAGCAUGGUGUGUCUCAAUCCUUGCUGGUCUCCUGACUGGCUGUUGUAAUGGCUCUUUUUCCUCUCCUACCAGGAUUUCUCAGAUGAGUAGGUUUUUGGUGGAGUCUGCUGGAAGGUGCCACUCCUCCCAGGAUAUGUGCUCUCACAGAGCUUCAGCACUGUGGGAUCAGCCUGUGUGGUUCAUCUCCCAGCAGCAGGGAUGCUGGGCAGCUCACUGCAGUGCAGAGUUCUGCCCUUUGCCUUUCAAGGAGUCUUAGUAGUUCCCUGAGGAGCCAGGUUUUCUGGUUGGGUGCUGUGUUUUCCAGGCUGUCUCCGGGAGGUGAAGCCUCCUGGUCCUCAAGCUGGUACUGCUUCCUCCAGCAGCUGCUGUGAUGUGCAGCCUUGUAAUAGACAGAGCUUUGAUACGUUUCAUUAUUUUAAAUACCAGGGAAUUCUGUUUGCCUUUUUUCUUUGUACUGUAUUUUGGUUUUUGGUUUGUUUUUUUUUUUUAGAAUAUGAUGCCCCAGGAACCCACAUUAAACUUUUUCUGGAGUGGAUUUGUGUAUUCUGAUUUAGAUGACUGAUUUAUGUGGCAUGUUGGUGGUGCUGUUCUUCCCACCACACAUUUAAUGUAGCAGGAGAUGGCCGUGUGCUCUGUGUCCUGAUGCCAUGCUGUCCUCAUCUCCUGAGAGGGCUGGGUGCUCUACUUUUGGUCAGCAGAGAGCUGUUGGUGGUCUGAGACCUUUUCCCAGAGUCUGAAGUGCAGAGAAGCUGGUUUGAAGCCCCUUGUGAAGGUGCCAGAAUUGACCUAGAGAGCCAAGCUGUAGCUUGAGAAAGGUUUGCACUCUUGGAUGACAGACAGUGGACAGACAGUAGUGCUCACUGCCUGCUGGACAGGCAGCCAGGAGUGAUUGGAGCAGUCCAGCAGUCGUUGUUAGAGGCUCCAAGGUUUGGGAAUGAGCUGUAGUGUUUUGAUCUGGGUGGAAGACAUGGUGUAUUGGUGUCACCCUUGGUGUGGUGUCAGCAGAACAGGGAUCUAGAGCUUGAUUCAAGCUUUGCAUAGCCCAAGAAAGUUUUAGUCUGAUCCAGAGUACAUCUUUUAAGAUGAAUGGAUUGGAUCAGAUUUUUAAAAUAGUUCUAGCUUUUAGUAAAUACUCUUUGGGCUCUCAGUGCCUACUGUGAGCAGACCCUUGAUUUUAGGAAACAAUUUUAAAGUGAAAUGUACCUUCAUCCCCUUUUUGUUGCAGGUGAUUGAACCUGAUAAUUCAGUGAGCUGAGGAUCUCAAGAGAGGAAUGUUUUAGGACAAAGCUGAGUUGUUGAGGGACAAACAAAGCUGCACUUUGAUCCUAAGAGCUUUGCAAGGCUGAAUUUUAAAGACCCCAGAAGAUGGUGUCUGCUUGCAUCCUGGUGCCAAGGCACUGACAGCAGCGGAUGUCACUGGAGUAGUUGUCUCACAAAGAGAAGAUUGGCCCUGCCAGCCUGGGAUUGCUGCUGCUCCCCAGGUCAGUGAGAUGGGAAGGUCACAGGAGUAUGGGAGGUCUCCAGAUUCACUGAGGCUUCGUGUCCAGUUUCCAAAAGCUGCCAGCAGUACUGCUCUGAGCUCUGCAGGUCCUGGGAGCUGGGAACUUGGCCUUGGAGUGCAUAAAAGCUUUAGGGUGGCUGUACCAUGAACUCACCUUUCCACUUACCUUCCCUGUCCCUCUCUCCCUGUGCAAUCUGACACAGCCUGUGUGUUUUCACUUCAUAUCACAGGAGUGUGAAGCCAGUUGUUGACAGAAUCCUCUUUUUGGAGGAGAGGAUUAUUUUGGGGUAUGUCCUGGAGCAAAAGCUUGAGAAAUAAUAUCCUGGGGAAAUAAUGGGUAGAUGAAACUGUGUCCUGCUGACUUCAGAGUCAGGCCUGUGGGAGUUCUGAGGUUCACCUCAGUUCACUGACAGUUUGGUCAGUGCUGCACAGAGCUGCUGGCCCAGCCUCGGCCCAGCUCUGUGACUGUCCCUGUGUUGCCCCUAUGCCAACAGGUAAUCCCACCAGGUAACCAACUCCUUGCCUUUGGAGGCUGUUCUGCUUUGUGGCCUUGCCAUCUCCUGGCAGGUACAUUGCUGACAAAGCAGUGGGGCACAGGUCACAGCCUGCCUUGCUGACAGGGUUACAAAAUCAAAAUGAAUUCCAGGACCAAACCCAUUCUACAAAACAUCAGGAUUAAAUAUCGAAAUCCUUGGCGUUGCCUGUGUGCUUAAAAGUGCUGAGGAAGAGGGCUUUAUCAAGAGGGAGGAUCAGCUGAAGGUGGGAAUUGUCCUGGUGCUUCCCAGGGUGCAUCUGUGCUCCCCUGCCUUUGGCUCUGCUUCCAUGAGGCACUUCCAGCCCUAUUGCUAGACCAGAAGACUGGGGUGGAAAGGGAGCCCAGUGAACUGGGAGAACAAGGAGGAGGAGAGGAGCAGAUACUGGAGCAGAUAUUUGGAGGUUGCUUGUGGAAGCAAUUCUCCAGUUAGGGCAGUGGGUGGGGAGAGUAUCCUGGGACCCCACGUUGAUCCCUGUGCUUGCUGCAGCACUGCUCAGCCAGGCUGGGAGAAGUUCACUGUUCCCUACUUCUGUCAGGCAGCAGCCUGUCCUUUUUGGAUCUGUGCUUUGUGUUGGGGCUGUGCUGUCCAUCCUACUGAUGGGCUGGGCUUCAGCAGCCAGACUGUAACUGGAAGACUGCCCUGUAGCUAAACUGGAAUGACCAGCAGCCAGUGCCCCAGAGUCCAGACACCCCCAUCCCUCUCAUCCCUCAGAGCCCAUUUGUGAGCCUGUAGUGUGCUGACCAUAGCAAAGGGGAGCUCCCAUAACGAGGGAAUUUCCAUCAUUACCUGUAGCCAUUAAGGGGAGGAUCCUGUGCUUGUCAGUCCUGGGAUCACUCACUCUUCUCCCUUGGGAGCUGUUGAUAGCAGCACCUGAGGAGCUCAGUAAUCCUCCAGGAAGUGAGUGAUACAUCCUGGCCUUUGAUUUAGCCUGCUCUAACAGGCCUAGUUUUUAAAUUUAACGGGCUUUAGCAAAAAUUUUACUGUGUUAAUUUAAAAAAAAAUACAAGGAAUUAUUUAUUAUGGCAAGUAGUUCCACAGGAGGGUACAGAAUGAGAAAAAAAUUUCCAAAAAUCUUAGUAAGAUACAACAUGAUCUACUCAUACUCUACAAAUGAUUCCACAAGCUUUCACAGCAAAACGUCAGGCUUUGUCCCAGCCAAAAGCAAACAUCUUUCACCCAAUUUCAGCAUAAGUUACUGGUUUAGUGAUGGUCUGGAAGGUUAGGAAGUGGGUUGUACUCACUGCUUCUUGCUUUUUCUUCUCUCUCAAGUCUCACAGUUUAAAAGCAGAAAGGUAACUAAACUACCUGUAGCCUGCAAAGUGCAGCUGGCAGUGAGGCAUAAUCCCCCUGCACUUAGCUGUGCUUCACAGGCUCACAACAAUUGUUGAAGCAGACUUUAUUUAAAGGAAAAUAAGUAGCAAGUAAAUGGGAGUAAUUUAACCAGCCCAUUGGAUGAAAGUCAGGGUAGGGCAAGAGGAGUCAUGGGAAUGUUUAAAUCUGUCAGAAAUGUGAUGACAUAAUGAGCAAUAACUACUGUAUGUUCCAUCACUGGGCCCCUCCUACACUCACUUAGGAGUAUUUCCACAUUUCUCAUGCAACCUGUGUGACAAAUCCACACACAUGUUGCACCCAAUUAGUGUCAAGCAUAAGAGCUGCUCUGCCUGUGUCUCGCCUCUCUAAACCCCUCCUGGAAGCAAUUUUCCCAGCAUACAAAGAAUAAAUCACCAUUCUCCUUAAUCUCUCACAGGACAGUUCCCAAAUAAGGACCAAGUAAACAGAUGUAAUACAUGAUAAAGCAUUCUAAUUCAUUAGAUAAUCUUCCCAGCAGUAGGUGCAGAGUCUUAGCUGCUUUAAAUGUUCAAUGUUACAUGUAAUUAAAAACGUCAGGGGAGGUGAGACAAGGCACUUGAAUAGGCACUUGUAUAAAUGUAGUGGAAUACCUGGCUUAAAAACCACAAACCCCAAUCCUUUCACCUUCUAAAAAGAUACCAAAAAACCAUAGCAAGCAGCCAAACAGACUGGAAAAGAAAAAUAAACACAAGCUACACAAACUACUCUAGGAAGUAUAACUUACUUUACUUGUGUCCCAGUCACUCCAGAAGCAUCAGGAGAUGAAGAAGUGAGAACAGAGGGAGGGAGUACAAUCCUUCCUGGGACACCAACUGCACCAUGUCAAACCAUUAGCUGAAUUUGACAAAUGACUUACAUGACCACACCUUGUGCUAUCAACAGCCACUGUGCUAUUGGAGUGGCCCAAGGAGUCUCCUUUGACACUGGCUGUCACUCCUCACAUACAUUUUCAGGUGACCAAACAUCUGCCACCUUCUGCUGUAGUGCACUGCAGGAAUUUGCCCCCUCCUUUCCUGCUCUCAUUUCCUUGUGGUGAAGGCUGGCUGGCUCAGAAAGCGUCACCUGCCAGCGAGGGAGCAGCUGCCCUGAGCAGCAAACAGCCCUGGGGUGGCCCCAGAUAACUGUCGUGGCUGAGAAGGGCUGGAGGGGAGCACCAAUGACCUUUGUGGCAGGUAUAGGAUGAGCAGAGCCAGAGGCUUUGUGUUGUCAGCACCCUCUGUGGCUGCUGGGGACAGGUGGGGUGGAGAGCACGUUUCUCUUUGCUGUCACUGGCCCAGCUGCACAGGCAUUCCACCUGUGCCUCCCUGGGAUGCCCUGAGCAGGAGGGGAGCAUGCCUGGGCUUCCAAGCCCUCAUCAUGGUGUCCCUGCUUAGCUUUACCAGAGCGCAGGACCUCUCCCCACAGAGUGGAUUCUACAUCCCCACUGCCCCCCUGAUGUCCCAGGGAGGCCAAAAAAGCAGGGCUGGGUCUCCAACCUGAGCAGGGGCUGUGCUGGAGCCGCUGUGGGCAGGAGUGAGGGCUCCUGGCUGCUCAGGGCUACUGGGGGCCAUUCGUGCCUGAGGCAGGCUGGGAGCUGCAUCUCCUCUCUCUGUGUCAGUGGGAUUGGCCCUUGGCCACCUUCCCCAGGGCUCAGGGACAUGGGAACACACGCCUGCAGCGUGACCUCAGGAGCCACAGGACAACGGAGCCGCCGCCGCUCACCCCGUGAGUCAGGGGAGGCCACGUGAGGCCCCAGCCCUGACGCCUUCCCGCCCAGGCUGGCCCUGGAUCCCUGACCCAGGAUCCUGAGCUGCCACACAGCCGUGAAGCUACAUUUGACAACAGGAAGGCAAGCAGAAGGGUAGCGGAAUUAUUACCAGAGCCCGAGGAGACUGGAGCAGGAAGGGUUUCAGACGGAACUUGUGUGGAUCAGUUUUUGUUGUCUCACAGGAAGAAACUCAGCUUUCACCACAGCCACGGCCCUCCAGGACGUCUUCCUGUGGAACCAACUGCUAGGACCAACCUAAGACUUGCAGGCACAGCAAUGGAGAAUUUGGAUGUCCCAGUCCCAGAUCUUACUGAAGAACAGCAAGACAUUCUUCAGAGAGCUUUUGCUGCUGAUGCCAAGUACUUGGAGGAUCAUGAGAAAAUGAACCAGUCCUUCUGGAAAUCACUUGUGAAAUGCUUGGCCACUACUGACCCACCUAUCCUGAGUACUGAAGAAAAGAACAAUCUCCUUAACAGCUGUGAUGUCCUCCCUGGAGGUUGUGCUGCCUGCCUGAAAGCCAUAGAGAAGAAAGGAGUCAGGGCAAUGGCUCUUCUUUACCUUUUGCUGAAGACUUCCAACCCAUCUGAGUACAGGCAGCUGCCCAGCUCCAAGGGAAAGGAUGAAAAAUUGAAACUCUUGAAGAGUUUGGAAAGGAAUUUUGAAUAUUCAGAAGAGGACAAAAAGUCUGAAAACUCAUCCCAGGAGUCCAUAGAUGAAGAUACACAAGACAGUGAUGAGGAAUAUUUAGGAAGACAGAAGACUGAAGGCCAGUUACUUGGAGGAAUACCAGCAGAGAUGGUUCCCUACAGAGAUUCAGAAAUUGCAAGAAGAGAAGAUUCAGAUGUAGAUGCAUACGAGAAGGAGAGCACUCACCCACCUCAGUGCACAUGGAUGGGCAUACGGAAGGAUGAUGAAUUCUUUCAUUUUGUCAUUCUUUGCUUUGCAAUUGGAGCUUUACUAGUUUGCUACUACUACUACAAAGAUUGGACUAUUUCUCUUGGAAUUGGCUUAAUCACCUUUGCUUCCCUGGAAACCACAGGGAUAUACUUUGGUCUAGUGUACCGAAUUCGGAGUGUCCUCGACAGCUUUGUUCCUCUGAUUGACAGAUUCAGGCCAAGAGGUAUGAGGAAAGCUGCCUAGGAGGAGUAUUUCAGGAGAGUUCCCCAAACCUGGCUGUCCAAAUUUCCAGGACUAAAGGAACUGCUUUAUGAGGGACAGGGAGUGUGUGAGUGGCUGGGUGGCACUUGGUGUCCAGCUGAGAUUAAAGCCCAACAGAUCAGGCUCAUGACCUCCUGAGGAACUCCAACAAACAAGAGUCCAUGGGAGCUGACCAGAUGUAUCCCAGAGUCCUGAGGGAAUUGGCUGAGGAAGCUGCCAAGACACUCCCCAUGAAAAGUCACAGCAGCACCAGGUGGAGUCCCCACUGGCUGGAAAAAGGGAAACACUGCACCCAGUUUUAAAAGGGGGAAGAGAGAGAAUGCUGGGAACUACCAACUAUCACUCUAUGCCUGGGAAGAUGUUGGAACAGAUCCUCCUAGAAGCUGUACUAAUGCACAUGGGGAGGAGGAGGUGAUUCAAGACAGCCAAGGGUAAGUCCUGCCUCACUUUGAGCAACCUGCUCUAGUGGCAGAUGUUGGAAAGAGAUGACCUUUAAGAUCUUUCCAACCAAAACUUUCUAUUAUUCAUUUUCUGAAUUAUCUUAGAGCUUCACAGUUCCUGUUUCAUUAGUAUGUAAGAGAUUUUGGAUUUUUUAAAUGACCAUAUUAACAAUUUCAGUAGUGAAAAAUACUGGGAUAAGUUGAAGUAGUUAUUUCAAAUGUGUGUUCUCUAAAGUGUUUUUGAGAUUGAUGGACAAAAGCAUCUGUGCAAGAAGAGUAUCAUUAGUUUCUCAUUUAAGAGAAUGGGAAACAGCACAGUAAGCACAUGAUUAUUCUCUCCACAGAGAGAAUAUUCUCUCUUUUUUCAUCAACUGCAAAGAUGAAAUGGAACCCGAACCUCUCAGUUUCAGUCCAAUCCCUUUAUAUCAGUCUUAACUUGUACAGUAGGAAAGCUUGUAGGGAAAAGUCCUAUUUUCAUCAGGCCAAAGAGGAAAAACAAGCCAAUGACAGCUUGAAAUUUUUCUAAUUCUUUCUAAACCCAACAGAAGUGGACUUGCAAAUAUGACUGCUGCCACUGUUACACCACCCCAGCUUGCCUCCACAGAGCAGGAUCCAUGUGGCUGCCAGACACCCCUCUCUGAGAGGAUGGGGAGUGCUGCUGGGACAGCAGGUGCCCUUACCGAUGGAGACGCCGCAGUGGGAGCCGCAGAGGUUGAUGUUGCUGUCGGAGAUGGCAGCCAUGCGGAUCUGGUCAAACGCCCGCGAGAAGAAGGUGGCAAAGGUGCUGGCAAAAGCAACGGUCCUGUCACGAGUGGCACAACCAACUGCAAUGCUCACCUGAAAGAGGGACAUUGGAUAAGAACAGUGAAUUCCUCAUUUAUCAGUGGUUUCCAGGACAUCAUCUGUGGGACUUCUUGCCCUAAAAAUUUAGCAAGAAGCUCUCAGCGCAGACUAAAAAUCUUUGUUUAGUCCUGCUUCUAAUUGCUGGCAUUUCCAGAAAGGAAAGGAGGCAACUCACCCUCCCAGUAUCUAUUCUCCUGCAUCUCCUCUGCUCCAUGCUUCAACUGCUAGCUGUCAUUGUUGACUCUUACUGGCAGCUUCUUUUCUUUAUCUGCUUAAAGCAGCCAUUCAAAGAUUUUUAAGACUUAUCCCUCUCUUUCUUCUCCUGGUUCAAAGGCUUAUGUUCUCAGUCCAAUGGACAUGGUCUUGCUAUCUCCAGAAGACAAAAAUCAUCAUUAGUAAGAGGGAAUGUAUUUACCUGUGUUAUUUGGACUGGUUAUUUGUUAAAAGACCCUUCUUUAGCAAAAUGGAAAUUAGAACAAGGUUGCCAAAUUGGUUUUUGCUACAAUUACCACAUAUUUAUAUGAAAAACAAGUAUUAGAUGCCCACUGUAAGGGGACUCAGUAAGGGGACUCAGUAAGGGGACUCAGUAAGGGGACUCACACUGAAGGAUCAUACUAAUCUUUCAAUAAACCCAAGGGAGCAGUUACCAUGUUCUGCUCAGCAAUGUAGCACUCGAUGUAGCGACUGGGAUGUUCCUUCUUGAAGAGCUCUGAGAAGGUGGAGUUCUUUGUGUCGCCAUCCAGAGCAACCACUCGAUCGUUGGCGUGGCCCAGCUUUGCAAGCGCAACCCCGUAAGCCUUGCGGGUGGCCCACUGCAAAAGGAAAACACACCAGGGCUGCUGUAACUUGCUGCUUUCUAGAGGUUUUUUUUUGCUCCUGUUUUCUUGCUUUCAAAUGACAGCAGUAUCAAAAGUACAUAGGAGAAUGGUGACACACAGAAGAGCAAACAAACCCAUAACGAAGCUUUAGAAAAUGCAUCCUUGCUGAAAUUGGCAACUCCCCACCAAUCUGGCUAGGAAAUAGUUUAAAGCCUUGCUUUCCAAUCUUGGAAAUUCUGAACCUCAAGGAGUUUCUUCAAUUUCAAAGGCACAUAAAGUAGUUUAGAAAAUUGAUAAUGAUCAUGAAAUGAAGAAGGGUGAUUUGAAUCUCCAUAUUUUAAUAUAUUUAUAUACCCUUUCGAUACCCAGCAAGUUGACUGUGUCACACCACAGAAAUAGGUGUCUGCCUACUGAGAAGAGGUGGGUAGUUGCAAAUGGGGCAAGGCAUAACACAAAAACUCCUGCCAUCCUGUUAAACAGUCUCACACUUUGAAAUAUCUGACCAUCAGUGAAAAAGAAGGGGAUACCUUUUCUCCCACUUUGUAAGUUGGUGGAGAUGGCAUCUUAAUGUUUCUAAUAUUUACUAUAGGUGCAUCUUCUUCUGGAAGGGCUGGAGAAAGCUUUUUCUUGUUCUGGAUUCUGUCAUCUAUUUCCUGAAUGACCUGUUCAGCCAUAUUUUUUGGAAGGGGCUUUCCAUGCCAGCUUUCCUUAUCUUCAACACCUGUGUAUUUAAAGUUACAUUACAAGUAAGAAAAGUAUAAAAACAAUUUAGGUUUUUAUCUUCAGAUUUUACCCAGAUGAAAGUGCAGUGGAGUAUGACAGUCCAGUAUUCUCUUCCAAGGAAGAAAUUCCUUGAACAAUUACAGUAGUAUUCAACUGCGUUAAGACAAACAUAUUUAAAGAAAUAGGAUGAAUUUUACAUAAUCAAAUUACAUAUAUUCCAAACUUGUGACAAAAUCCCAGCACCUUCUACUGAAAUUAUUUGUAAAUUUGCCCAUAACAGACAGUGUGUGGUUCCAAGUGUGGCAGGAAGCAACCGGUAAAUCAGCAUGACCAUUUCCCAUGAAAUUUCAACAGUUCUAUUUGAACAAACUCAGAUAAGUUUGAAACAACAGUUAACCAAGGUGUCCAAUUCAAACAAGAUCUGAUAUUUUACAGCUUUAUUUUAAUAGCUUCUGAUGCCUCUUAUCUGUGCACCCAGCACUAACAGCCAAGUCACCUCUCUGCCUGAUAUACUGCUUUUCUUUCAGUCACUGCAAAUAAUGACCUUUGCUUGCUUACUCAAUGAAAAGGAAUGAAGAUAUUCACUGCUGUUAAUAAUAUUUAUCUGGUCAGAAAGGCAAGCUCAGAGUGCUGCUAAAAGCUGUGGCUAAAGGGAAUCAUGGCAACCCUUGACACACUGAGUGUGCAUUUGCUCCAUCCCAUGGACAGAACACUGCAUAGCUGGCACACAUCUCACUUGACAGGACCAAACCAAAUUCUCAGCAAUAAUGUUGCUGAGAGGUACAGAGGGUCAAAGACCUUCUGCAUGUGCAGAUGUGCAAGUACCUGCACUGCAGCACUAGGUGUACAUCCUAUUUAUGUGUGUAUGCAAAGCAAGAAUUGUUUUGUUACCUGAUAUGCCUCUGCCUUUAAAAGUCUUUGCAAUGAUGGCUGUUGGCUGAUGUUUGGCCUGGCCAAAGGCUUUGCAAAGCUCCUCCACACUGUGUCCAUCCACGAUGAUGGCAUGCCAGCUAAGAACACAAACAGAUCAACUGUUUCUAAAGGGUUUUAGCAUGUGACACUCUCUGGUAGUCAGCAAUAACAAUAACAAAUACUAACUUCAUUCCAGUGCAGUGUCUUUUUAAGAGACCCAAAGUAUACCAGAAACACGAACUACCAUUUAUUUGAGACCAUAAAAAAUAGCACAGCUGCUUUUUUAUAAUGCAAAAUGAGUCACAGGGGGAUCAACAACUAUGAGCAAAAUUCACAGCUCACAGAUAACUAAGUUAUCCUACAUUUCUUCAAACGUAAUGGCCAUUUUUAACCACAAGAGCAAAUCAAACAUCUAGAAAUGAGAUGAAAACUGACAAUAGAUGUUGAUUAAAAAACCCCAAAACACUCAGGCAUAAUUUGGUUUCUAUUGUAUCUGACAUUUUUUUAGCAUGGACUUUGCAUCUGCACAGAAAUAUGAAACUAAAUGAAAGCCAACACACAAAGAAUUCUCUUACUUUCCAUUCUGUUUUUUUCUGAUCUACUUGCUAUAAUAGGACAUGUGGUCACAGUUGCAAAAUCUGAAUUUGAUGUGUUAAAAACAGUUUUAAGACCCCAAACAGAUUUAUCUGUGCAAGCAGCCCUUAUUUUUCCUCAAAACCAACAAAUUUUGCCACUUUCAAUAUUCCUGCUGCAGCCAUAAAGUUGACCAAUAUCAGGCAUUAUGAAAGACCAUCUUUCUUGCUGAUGGAGUCGUUUAGAGCUGAAAGCUCCUUUGAACAAUUCUGAGAAGCAAAUAGAACAUACAUUUUCAAAUGAGAGAUUAUCCUGAGCUUCUCCCACUCACAUACCCAAAGGCCUCGCAGCGUUUCUGGUAGAUUUCAACGUGAUGCUGCAGAGGAGCAGGGUCACUUUGUCCAAGACGAUUAAUAUCAAAUAUAGCAACGAGAUUAUCAAGCUUGUAAAAGCCAGCAAAGGCCAUUGCCUCCCAAACAGAGCCUUCAGAUAACUCUCCAUCUCCAAGCAGACAGUACACUCGAUAGCUAGAAGAAAUUAAAAAUGAAAAUAAAUUAGGUUUGAUGUGUAAGCACUAUUAAAUCAAAACUCCUCCAAUAAUUCAUAGUAAGAAUUCACUUCAUUUUUCUAUCCCAAACUCAAUUCCCAUUGUUCAAUGCAUUCACCUCAGCUAAAGUUACGUAACCUUAGACAAAUCAAAUUAAAAUAGUUAUGAGCCGUUGCACGUUAGAAAAAUAAGAUGAGAAAUACUGCACUCCUUUCCAAACCUUUGUCUCAAAAAAAUCAAGUCUUAAGCCUCCCACUGCAAGGCUUGACUGAACAAGCCCAUUGAACACUGUCACUGUGACUCAGCAAGAUCCUGAACAAUGCAGGGACAGUUACCUCUGCUUCCUCCUUCCUCCCAUAUACCCUCUGCAAGGACAACAACAGGAAUUAAUUCCAGGAAACUCUAAAUUGUGGAUGAACUCCGCUAUGGAUUAAAGCAUACCACAUAACAAAUUCAGAGUUCAGUAAAAAGAUAACCAACAUUACAUGACUUUGUAGACUAUUUCUCCAGCUACUGAAGCCCUUUAUUUAGGUAAAACUCAGUUAGCAGGAAUACUGCCUCAUCUCUACCAAAUUCAGCCACAGCAUUUGUCUUUUACUACCACUCUUCUUCUGGACAACAAAACUUUGUAAAUGUUUAUUACACACUAAAAUGAAAAAAAAAGUAAAUUAUUCUUCAAAUAUAUAAUUUUAAAACAAAAUAAUUGAGAUGGCUGUCAGUGAUUUUUUUAGUCAACAUGAAGCUAUAAGAGACUUUUGAAUCUGAUUCCUACCUGCCUUCAGCUAAAUGUGAACUCCUUGCACUUAAGCUGCUCCCCAGUGCUGCACGCAAGACCACCUUUUCCUUUUGUCAUGUAAGCACUAGUUAGAUUUUUUCCACACGUAGCAUCUGCUAAACUCAAUUAAAAUCAGCAAGUCAUCUUUCACAGAAAUGAUUUCAAGCUAGUGAAGUGUAGGACACAUUAACUGGGCAGCCUAUGCUUGGAUGUACUAGAACUGUCAAAUAAAAUAUAUCAACCACAUCAGGCUAUUUUGCUCCACAUACAGAUUUGCCUUUAGACAUCUUUUCUUGUGCACAGAACCAAUGGCAGAAGCAGUCAUUUUUGUCUCUGUGGAGUUGAGUGCCUUUCUGAUAACAUUUUGGAGCCCUACUUUAUGAUUCAAUUAUGCUAUUAUUGACCAUAAUGGUUCCUUAUCCAACGUUCUCCAUUAUUUGUCAUCUGACUUUGAACAGACCUCUCCAGCUUGCACUUUCCUUCUAAAGGGACAAUCCAGUCUCAAAAUGGAUAUCAGUUACUCUCUGGAAGUUAGAGGCUCCUCCAACAACUCCCUGUCUUCUCUGUUCAGGAACAUCAGCUUGCAAUGCUGUCAGGUUACAAAAGAAACACACAUAUGCACUAAUUGUUGCUAAUCUUUAAACCUUUGGUGGUUUCACUGGCAACAGCUUUGUAACUAUCUAUCAUUUAAAACCUGAAUUUGAAAUCAGACUUGGGAUUGAAUAAAGGAGAAUGAAUUUAUCUAUCCAUCCAAUUUAACAAAAUUUUCCCUUUGAAUGCCUGUAAUCAUGAAGUAUGAAAAUGGAAUUACCUGGCUCUGUCAAAGAAUUUGCCAGUGUAUGCCAUUCCACAAGCAGCACCAAGACCCUGCCCAAGGGAUCCAGUAGCCACAUCAGUGAAGGCUUGUCUCUGAGAAUAAAAAGGCAACAAUUAUUUUAUAGUUAUCAAAUAGAGGAAGUAAUUUCCAGUGCUAGAAGAUGGUUCAACAUAUAAAAUGCAGCUUCUCAGCCAUAACAAUGUGCAAGUCCCUCUAAAUCUUGAACCCCUUAUUUCCCUGCAAUGCAGAUUUCUUUCAUGAUGACUGUCACAAGCUAACUGGGCCCUCUGAGAGGGAAGGGAAUUUCUCAGCUAUGCUUCGGAUGGCAACAGUUAAGAAUUGAUGAUUUUGUGUAAAAAAGAAUCAAUUGAAACAACUGGCUGGGAAUGGAAAGACCAAUGAAGUGGCCAAACUGGGUGUAAACUCUUGAAAUACCUCAAAGCUGCUUAAAGGGCAACUGAAGCUUGGAUGGAACUUUAACUAAACAUUUAUGAAAUGGAAAAUACUGUCAUGCAGGGCUGUAGGGGAACUUUACUACAACAAUAAAGGUAAUUUCUACAUGCUCAUUCAAAUACAGUUCAAAUUCAAUUGUGAAGCCAUAAAUGCCAUCAUCCUUAAAAGUCUUUAUCUUUCUUGUACUGAACAGCUGGCAACCAAAAUUGCUGUGAAAUACAUACACUUGUUUCACAGAAACAUCCUUUCGUAUCAAAGAUUAUGAGCACUCACUGGCACUGGGUGUCCUUCUAGGACAGAAUCAAUUUUCCUCAAGUUCAGUAAUUCUCCUUCUUGUAGAAAGCCAGCCUCUGCCCAAACAGAAUAUAAAAUAGGUGCUGCGUGACCCUAGAGAGAAACAGAAAUUGUAAACAAAACACAAGUUUCACAUUCCCGACUAUCAGGACAAACUCUACAAAGCUGACAGACACUGAAAUCAGGUUCUUGUGUCCAUCAGGAAGACAUGGAGUUAUUAAACAGUUUUACAAUGCACACAUCCACACUGAUGCUUGUUUCCAAGUUCCCCACGCCCCUGCUUACAGCACCCCAGCAGGAUGAGCAGUGUUAUCUCACUAGAGCUUCCUUCAAUAUGAAUGUACUCAGGGUUGAAUGCAGUGAGUGACAACAGGCAAAGUUUUAAGCUUUGUACACUCAGACCUUUGUGGAGCAGUCAUCUUCCACUCCUGGAGUCAUCAGGAGUGAAAAGAGCAUGCAGAGGUUUGAAGCCAUUUAGCUACUCUGGACAGAAACACUGAUUAAUUAGAGAGCUAAAGUAAACAUGAGGAAGUGACUCUCAGUGCUUCACCACCUCAGCAUCAACUGCUUGCUUCUCACUCAAUUCCUUCUUUCAGAGCGGCCACCAGAAAUGGCAACAGUUACAUCCAGCACAAGGACAUUCACCAUGGGCUCCACAGCACUACUGCAAGCCACCACUUGAGGAAUUCUGACUCAAAGAUGGAAUGUGCAUCACUGGAGCACUUCACCUGCCAUGUUUUACCUCGUUUGUCAUGUUUUACAUUUUCUGAAGGCCCCUCACCUGCCUUUAUGUCAUAUGAACAAUAUAUCCCCAUGAUUUGCAAGGACAUGAUGUGAAAGGGGACAGAAACACUAACAGCCAGCACAGACUGGGGUUUAAGUGUUUUCUGACCCACAGUGGCUUCAGAUUUAACAGUGACUUUAGUACCAUACUGGCACAGUAGGAAUGCAAACUACAAACUACUCACUAACCUGCCCUGUUUCAUGUAAUGCUCCCUGAGAAGCUGGCAGGAAUUAGUGCCCACUGUGACAUGGCUGCAGGCAGAACAGCAGGGCUGCAUUUAACAAGAGCACAAAAGCCAACUGCAACUGCCUCGUUAGAAAAAUAAAACAGAACUUAUUGCAUCCUGAUAGAUUGUAUAGACAAUAUUUAUUAUUUAACAUUACAACAACUUAACAUAGUGGAGUUAAGACUUAUCAGGACUCAUUACAAAGACCCUUUUAAAACUGUUUUUAAGUUAUGCUGCAACUUAAUUUAGCCAGCUUCUUUCUUUCUGAAGCAGACAAAUUCCAGGCUCUCAAAUAUUUCCAACAGACAUCUCUGCAGAUGUAAGUGUACGUAAACACAAGUCAAUUAAAUCUACAGACUGACAGCUCUUUGCUAGCAGACUGUAAGAGGACAGCAAACCAGUAAUUAUUUAUUUACCUUUGAAAGAACAAACCGGUCGUUGCUGGCGUUUCUGGGGUCUUGCACUUUGUACCUCA